GGCGGAUCUUCUUCAUCGACGACGACACCAAAUCCACGAGCUGGGUGCACCCCGGCACGGGCUACUCCAUCCAGAGCGGGCACUUCUCCUGCGCAGGGCUGCCCCGAGGCUGGGAGGUGGACACCACCAUGCACGGCGGCCUCUACUUCAUCAACCACAAUGAAAGGCGGAACACCUUCCUGCACCCAGUGACGGGACAGCUCCCCGAGGACACCGCCAGGCCCGACGUGCCGAGACAGAGCUCGGACAUGUCCAGCAAGGCGGGCAGCAAGCGGCCGGCCACCAUCCCCAGCGAGCCCCCCAACCACGCCAUGGUGGCCGAGGUGCCCCCGGAGCGCCCCGGAGGCCGGGCUCCGCGCUCGUCCCGCAAGGGCAUCGCCUUCGGGAAGCGCUCCAACUCCAUGAAGAGGAACCCCAACGCCGCCGUCACCAAGAGCGGGUGGCUCUACAAGCAGGCCAGCUCGGGCGUGAAGCAGUGGAACAAGCGCUGGUUCGUGCUGGUGGAUCGCUGCCUCUUCUACUACAAAGACGAGAAGGAGGAGAACAUCCUGGGCAGCAUCCCCCUGCUCAGCUUCCGCGUGGCCGCCGUGCAGCCCUCGGACAACAUCAGCAGGAAGCACACGUUCAAGGCCGAGCACGCCGGCAUCCGCACGUAUUUCUUCAGCGCCGAGAACACGGAGGAGCAGGAGGCCUGGAUCCAGGCCAUGGGCGAGGCCGCCCGCGUGCAGAUCCCCCCGAGCCAGAGGCACGAGAAGCCGGACUCGGAGAACAUCCCCCCCAGCAAACACCACCACCACCACCACCACCACCACUGCAACGCCGCCCACCGCGAGCACGCCAAGGCCGAGCCCGACGCCAAAACCCGCGGGGAGGGCGACGGCCGCGGCGCGGAGAAGACGGAGCGGAAGCCGCCGGACGCCAAGAAGGAGCCUCUGGCCAAAGCCAACGGGCUGGCCGGCCAGGAGCCGCCCUCAGAACCAGGCAGCCCCUACCCCGAGGGGUCUCGGGGGCCUGCGGGCGCCGAGCGGCCGGCGCAGCCCAACGGGUGGCCGUACCCCUCGCCCAGCCGGCCCGGCAGCACCGCCUUCCCCCCGGCGGGUGACGGGGACCCCCAGCGCCGGGGGGUGGCCCCCAGGUCGCACCCCGAGAAGGUGGCGCAGCGCAAGAGCUCCAUGACGCAGCUGCAGCAGUGGGUGAACUCGCGCCGCGCCGCCGGGGCCCCCGAGGAGCUGCGCAGCCCCACCAGGUUCUACCCCGUAUCCCGCCGGGUUCCCGACUAUUACCCGCCCUACUCGCCGCAGUACCCGGAGGAGUACCAGUACUACCCUCCGGGCGUGCGCCCCGACAGCAUCUGCUCCAUGCCCGCCUUCGACCGCGCCAGCCCGCCGUGGGCGCUGGAGGACAAGCGCCACUCCUUCCGCAACGGCGCUCCCUUCCACGCCGCCGCCUUCGGCCGCCACGACGUCCCCGUGUGGCUGCCGGCGCCCUCCAGGCCGCCCGGCUACCUGGACGAGGUGGACGCGGCGUCGGGCUCGCUGCGGAGGAUGUCGCUGCAGCCGCGCUCGCGCUCGGUGCCGCGCUCGCCCAGCCAGGGCUCCUACGGCCGCGCCAGGGUUUACUCGCCCGUGCGCUCGCCCAGCGCCCGCUUCGAGCGGCUGCAGCCCCGCGGGGAUGAGGUGUACGCCGAGCCCGCCGCCUUCGUCAUGCGCAGGUCCAUCAGCUCGCCCAAGUACGAUUUCCUGGGUGACCGGCGGCCCGUCCCAGCCGGGGUGUACCCGUACCACUUCCCGGCGUCCCCCACCAUCCACGACAAAAUGGAUGAACUUUUAGACCUUCAGUUGCAAAGAAACCUAGAGUAUUUGGACCAGCAGAUGAGCGAGAGCGAGACCCUCAUCACUAUGGUGAACAGGAUGGUGGAGACCUCCUCCCCUAGGGCCCAGCUCUACAUGCAAGUGACGCCGUUCCCGGAGCCCUACAGGGACAGCCUGCACCCCUACAAGAUCAGCGAGCAGGACACCGAUAAGCUGCUGGGGAAGCUCUGCGAGCAGAACAAGGUGCUGCGGGAGCAGGAGAGGCUGGUGCAGCAGCUCCGCGCUGAGAAGGAGAGCCUGGAGAGCGCCCUGAUGGGGACACACCAGGAGCUGGAGAUGUUCGGGAGCCAGCCCGCCUACCCCGAGAAGCUGCUGCACAAGAAGGAAUCGCUGCAGAACCAGCUCAUCAACAUCCGGGUGGAGCUGUCACAGGCCAGCACGGCCCUGGCAAACAGCACGGCCGAGUACGAGAGCCUGGAGAGCGAGGUGUCCACCCUGCACGAUGACCUCUGGGAGCAGCUGAACCUGGACAUCCAGAACGAGAUGCUGAACCGGCAGAUCCAGAAGGAGAUCUGGCGCAUCCAGGACGUGAUGGAGGGGCUGAGGAAGAACAACCCCUCCCGCGGCACCGACACCGCCAAGCACAGAGUGGCCCUGGGCCCCUCGGGCACGUACAGCUCCAACAGCCCCGCCAGCCCCCUGAGCUCGGCCAGCCUCACCAGCCCCCUGAGCCCCUUCUCCCUCAUCUCCGGCUCCCAGGGAUCGCCCACCAAGCCAGGCCCUGGCGAGCCCAAACCAGGCCUGGAGCAGAGCAAGAAGGACCCGGCCCGGCCCGGCCCCGCGCCCGAGGGGCUCCCGCAGAGCCGGCCCGAGCAGGACGGGGACAAACAAGCGGCUCUCAACAAGGUGGGAAUCGUCCCCCCCAGGACCAAAUCCCCGGCGGAGGACGAGGCGGUGCCCAGGAGGAACGGCCUGGCCAACGGGCUCAGCUCCCGGGAGAGACCCAAGAGCGCCGUGUUCGCCGCUGAGACCAAGGUGAAGAUGAGCGUGGAGGAGCAGAUCGACCGCAUGAAGCGGCACCAGAGCGGCUCCAUGAAGGAGAAGCGGCGCAGCCUGCAGCUCCCCGGCCCCAGCAGCUCCCCAGCCCCCAGCCCGACCCCCCCGCCCGCGGGGACGCUGAGCGGGGCGCGGUGUCCCCGGCAGGUGCGGCGGCACCGCAGCAUCCACGAGGUGGACAUCUCGGACCUGGAGGCGGCGCUGCGCUCCGAGGAGCCCGGCAAGGUGUACGAGACGCCGCAGGAGGAGAUCGCCCGGCUGCGCAAGAUGGAGCUGGAGCCGCAGCACUACGACGUGGACAUCAGCAAGGAGCUGUCCACGCCGGACAAAGUCCUGAUCCCUGAGCGCUACGUGGAGCUGGAGCCGGAGUCGCCCCUCAGCCCUGAGGAGAUGAAGGAGAAGCAGAAGAAGGUGGAAAGGAUCAAGACUCUCAUUGCCAAAUCCAGCCUGCAGAACGUCAUCCCCCUGGGCGAGGGGGAGGUGGACACCCCGCAGGACCCCGAGGUGCAGCUGCAGGAGCAGGAGAAGAGGAUCGAGAUCUCCUGUGCCCUGGCGGCCGAGGCCUCGCGCAGGGGCCGGAUGCUCUCGGCUCAGUGCGCCACCCCCAGCCCUCCCACCUCCCCAGCCUCCCCGGUUCCACCGAGCACCCCCCUCUCGCCCGAGCCACCCCGCGCCGCCGACAGCAGCAGCCUCAUGCGGGUGUGACCCCGUGACCUCAAGCCCUGGCUGCUGCCGGCGCCGGCAAGUUCCACGGGGCCACGUUUUAGCCCCCGUCCUGAGGUGACACCGAACCUGUCACCACCGUCCUCGGUUCUCCCGGACCCCCUUCCCUCCCUCCGGCGGUGACACUGCCGGGAUGUGUGGCACCGACACUGCCCGGACAUGUGGCACCGACACCACCGGGACAUGUGGCACCGACGGCGACACCGCCGGGACAUGCGGCACUGACACCACCGGGACAUGUGGCACCGACAGUGACACCACCGGGACAUGUGGCACUGACAGCGACACCGCCAGGACAUGUGGCACCGACACCACCGGGACAUGUGGCACCGACACCGCCGGGACAUGUGGCACUGUCCCCAAGGAGGCGGGUGAGGGCUGGGGGCUGUCCCCGAGGACCCCUGGGACUCUCAACGGCCACAGGGACACACCUGGACAGCGGUGACAGCGGUGACAGCGGCCACCAGUCCAGCGGCGGGCACAGGACCCCUGGCACUGCCCCCCCAAGGCGGGGAAGGGGCUCUUGGGAUGGGGGGACCCCCCACGGGUGAUGCUCCAGGACCGGGACGCUCCUCCUCAGCCCUGGGGGGCCGCUUCCCUUCCCCGAGCUCUGGGCCCGAUUUUGGAACCCAGUCCUGAUUUGGGAACCCGGGUCCGAUUUUGGCACCCGGGUCCGAUUUUGGCACCCAGGCCCAGUUUUGGCACCGGUCUGCGCCACCGCCGGCGGCUCAGCCGGAGGAAGGAGGGGACAGGACGGGCGGAGGUGGCGCUGGGGGGACACGGAGGUGCCCAGGGCGCCCCAGGGCAGGGAUGGGGAUGCCGGAUUUGGGGUGCCGGGUGGGGACAACGCAGCUGUGGGGUUGGCAGGGGGGUGUCCCCACAGUCUGGAGGGUGGGGACGGUGUUGGGGACAGCAGGGUCACCUGCGCUGUCCCUGUCCCGCUGUCCCUUCCCGCGGCCCUGCAGCCCCUUCCGGUGGUUCGGAUUUCCUGUAGCAAAUUUCCCCCUUUUCUUUAUCGUCCUGGAGGGUGGGGAAAGAAAAAAAAAAUUAAAAAAAAAAAAAAGCAGAAUCCCUGGAAGGAUGUGAGGGUGGCAGGGCGGAUGGAGCCGGGAGCUGGAUCCCAAAUCGAUCCCAAAUCGAUCCCAAAUCGAUCCCAAAUCCCAUCCACCCCUCCCGGCCCGAUCCCAAACCCCCAGGACCUCCCUGCAUCCCAAAUUUAGCAAUACUUGUAGGAUCCCUGGAGCCCUAAAUCCCGAGCCCCCCUCAGCCCCUUUAGCUCAUAAAGCUGGCCCUUUAUUUUGCUAUUUACAUGCCUUAAUAUAUGUUUGAUGGAAAUUCUACAUUUAUAAUAUAUAUCUAUAUUUGGUUUUCCUCUUCUUUUCCCGGGAAAAGGCUCGUGCCGAGCUCUCUCUUCUCCACAGGAUUUGUUGGCGCCAGCCCCGCCAACAGGGAAAAAAAAAAGAUUCUUUGCCAGUUUAUCAGAGGGGGAAGGAAAUAAAAUAAAAUUUAAAAAAGAAGAAAAAAAAGGAAAAAGAAAAAGGGAAAAAAAAGAAGGAAAAAAACCUAUUUAAAAAAAUAUAUCUAUUUUUUCUGCUUUUAUUAAAAGCAAAUUUAUUUAAAAUAAAAAUAUACAGAGACUGUAAGUUUGAAGAGAGGAUGAGUUUAUUUCCCUGUGUCCCCUCUCGGGUCACUGGGGCAGACCCCCCCUCCCCUCCC